AUGAGUCGUCAGAGUCGACAAGAAAAUAUGUCACUAUUGGACGAUAUAAACACUAUAUUUAAGUCGAGGUUGGAAUAUAUUAACAGUCUUUUGAGAUUACAAGAAGACAUUCAAGGACUUAUUGAUGCAGGGCCUGGGAAUGUUGGCCAGGUUAUGUCGAAGAAAGAUGUUUAUGAUAAAACGUGGUGUGAAUUUGUAACUGUUCAUGAGGAAUAUUUAGAAAUUGUCACAGCUGAGGAUGAAAAAAGAAGAGCCAGUUUGACAUACAAAGAACAGAUGGCAAAAAAGGUACAAUUGGACGGAGUAGUAGCAUCUUGGUGUAAAAAGCCAAGGUUGUAUGGAUCUGGUAAAGGUCGAAGCCAGAUUAGUAGUUUAACAAGUGGAACAAGUUCAGCAUCAGCCUUGUCAAAGAAAAGGGAAAAGAUGGCUCUCGCACAGUUAAAAGUAAAUCAGUUAAUGCAACGACAUGAAAUGAAGAGGAGGAUGGAAGAGUUGAGAUAUCAAGAAGAACUAAUGGAAGCUCAAAUGGAAGAAGAACAAGCAAAGGUUAGCUUUAAUAUUUACAAUGAAUUAGCUAAUGAACAUAUUGGAGAGUAUGACAAUAAUAUGCCAGGUUUUAAUGGUAAUGAAGUACAAGGGGAAUCUGAUUUGAGCCCUCUGACCAAGACCAAUGCUUAUGAAUUGGAAAGUGAAUUUUAUACUCGCUAUCCCCCUGACCUUCCUUCAAUUCAAGAGUUGUCGAGAACAACACAACAUUUGGAACAACAUGAAGUAUAUAGACCGAUAGUAUUGGAGGCCGGAAGUGUAGACUGGGACUAUGCAACACUCACAAUGGUGAGACACCCAGUCGUGAAUUACCCCAUCUUAAGUCAUGCAGUAAUGGAGCACACAAGUUAUCCUAGUGCUUUCAUCCCUCAAACAAGUAAGUCGUUUAAUUACCCUGGAAAUCAUAGACCGCAGCUAGAUACCAGAUUACCCUCAGAGCGACAAGUAUAUAUGGGGAAUAAUAGAAACUGUGGUAAGCUAGAUGCAUGUCACCCAGUACCAAGAUUACAAGAAGAAUUGGCAACUAAGUUACCAUGGCAACCACCUGAAAGAGAGCUUGAG